AUGAGGAGGGCGUGGCCUCCUGAUCGACAGAGGGGGCGUGGCCGUCGCCGCGUCUCGAGGCUUCCAUUGGUCCAACCGCGGCGAGGGGCGCGGCCUCACUCGGGGCGGGGGCGUGGCCGCGCUCGCGCUGUCCUCGCGCCCGCUCCGCGCUUCCCAUUGGUCGCGCGGGCGGUGACGCAGCCACGCCGCGCCGUGCGUACCGUGCGUGCCGUGCGCGCUGACGUUGCGCGGCUGCGGCGGGCGGCUCCUCUGGGGUGGCACCAUCGCAGCCGGGGGGCCCUCGGGACCCCCCCACACAGCCCCCCAUGUGCUGCCCGGCCCGGGGGGGCCCCCCCGGCACGUGAGGGGGGGCAGGGCCCCCCCAGCGCCCCCCCAGCCAUGAUGUUCCGGGACCAGGUGGGGAUCGUGGCCGGGUGGUUCCGGGGCUGGAGCGAGUGCGAGCAGACGGUGGCUCUGCUGGCGCUGCUCAAACGGGUCACGAGGACGCAGGCCCGGUUCCUGCAGCUCUGCCUCGA